AGGCCAGCCUGGUCUAUAGAGCAAGUUCCAGGACAGCUAGGACUGCUUUACACAGAGAAACCCUGUCUUGAAAAACAAAAACAAAAGAAAGGAAGGAAGGAAAAAGAAAAAAAAAACUAAACACACAAGAGGUGUGUUUGUUAGUAUGUUAUUCAAAGAAAUUAAGCCUGUGCCUAAUGUAAUUGAACUGAGUCGCAUACUGGGUUUAUGUGGCACUGAAUAUCCACAUCAUCAUAGGCAAAAAUCAUUUUUAAUGAAUAUUAAUAAAUGAAUACUUAUAAAUGUGCACAUAGUGUAUAUAAUAUGAUGUAUUAUUUAUGACCAAACUUAGUGAGUUUUGUGUUUGCAUGUGACUUUGACAGAGUCAGUGAGGGGCACAAUUAAGAAACUACUGAGUUGCCGGCUCCUUUGUAGGAGGGAAAUUUUCGGUGGUAGGUAAGAGAACAUCCAUAGGCAUCUGGAAGAAUCCAGAGCAAUGCAAAAAGGAAAGAGACCAGACUUAGCCAAGGCUAGGAAAGCAGGGCAUGGACCAGGAAGAUGAGUCGCUGAAGGUAGGGAACCUGUGAUCUGGUGAGGCCUGGCAGUUUAGGAUAGAUGUGGAAGUGAGGAAGGCCAGGAGCCAGGUGCUUCAAAGUGUUUAACAAAUCCCUGACUCCGGACUGACAUAGCUUGAAGGCCAGCAAGGACUGUGGUAUGCCAACAUAGGUAUCUGUCACUGUGGAGCCAUUUGACCCUCCAGGCAGAGGCAAAGAAAAUGACUUCUUUUAGCUGACUAGCCAGUUUCACUAGUUUGUGAAGAAUGUUGACUUUUAUCUAACUACCAGAAAUCUUGAGUUCAGUUUGAACUUAAUUUAGGCUUAAUUUUGGACUUUACUAUAUAACAAAUAAUUUCACAAAAGUAUCUGACGCAAAAAAGUAGAACGGUGGAACUAAAGAGUAUGAGAAAGUCAAAAGAGUUAAAAGGACUUUAAAGGAACCACAGUAAUGAACACUGGACAGAAAAGAAAUGCAAGAGGAGAUACAGACCAGAGAGAGAGGGAGAGAGAGAACAACAACAACAAAAAAUAUCCCACCAUCCCAAAACCACCACCAAAAAGCCCUGCAAAAGAAAGCUUAAAAAGGAUCAGAAAUAAAUAUACAGAAUGAGAGAGGAGCAGCAGCUGCUGGAUUUCCAAGGUGACAAGGCAGCUGCCUCCAAGAGAGGAAAGCUGAAGAAGCCAAAAGCCCACCAGCCUCAGGACACUAUGGUGUUCCAGUAGCCUGUCCCGCCACUCUUCCGGGGCAGCCCCGGCGGGCGGGCAAGCGGAUCAUCCCCUUAGGCUCCUGGGAGCAUUGCCUAGGCUGCAGCCUUCACCGCGGGCUUUAAACGUAGGCAGCAGCCAGGUGUCCAAUACCGGCGUGCAGAGCCCUGGACACCACAACAGGACGCCAGGCUAGGCAAGCUUCUAGGUGGGCGCGAGGCCUGAGCGGAGGGGGAGGACAUCCGCAGCCGACAGCGGGAACGGGGCUUUAGGAGCCCCGUGCAGAUUCGGAAACCAGCGCGGAGAAGCCCGGAGCCAUGGACCCAGGCACCAGCACCCAGUAUUUCUGGACCACUAAGGCCCAAGGGGAACCCGCAGAUGCAGCUGCUGGACAUGAAUUCUCUGACAACUGCACCAAUGAAACUGCAACCUUGACCAAGAAAAAACCGAAGCAGAAGAGGCAGAGGAGCAGAUGUUCGUCCCUGGCCGAAAGGAACAUCGUGGGCUGUAGAAUUUCUCACGAGUGGAAGGAAGGCAAUGGGCCCAUCACCCAUUGGAGAGGAACGGUUCUCGAUCAGGUUCCUAUAAAUCCCCCUCUCUAUCUUGUGAAAUACGAUGGAAUUGAUUGCGUCUAUGGGUUGGAACUUCACCACGAUGAAAGAGUGUUGUCCCUUAAAGUGCUCUCUGAUACAGUCAAACCAUCCCCAGUCCCUGAUCCUAACUUUGCAGAUACCAUAAUUGGCAAGGUGGUGGAUCAUAUAUUUGAGGGUGAGCAUGGCUCAAAAGAUAAAUGGAGGGGGAUGGUUCUGGCCCAAGCUCCUAUACUUAAUGCCUGGUUUUACAUUACCUAUGCAAAUGAUCCCAUCUUAUACAUGUACCAGCUUCUGGAUGAUUAUAAAGAGGGCAACCUUCGUAUCCUGCCAGAGUAUAAUGAGAUUCCUCGACCAGAUUUAAACCUGAAAUUUAAGGAUGGUCUGAUAGGCAAGAUUGUGGAAUAUACCCAAGACGACGGUUCCAAAAGGACUGGCAAGGUGAUUGGCAAAGUAGAAGCCAAACAGUCAGUGUACUUCAUCAAAUUUGACGACGAUUUUCAUAUCCAUGUCUAUGACUUAGUGAAAUAUGUCUAA